CGGGCGUCUGGAUUCCGCGGCCCCGGGCGGCUCCAGAGACUCAGGCAGGGUCCCGAGCCCGGCUUCUCUCAGGUUUGGAGUAAAGGUUGCAGACAACUGCGAAUGAGCUGAACACAAGAGUGGUAACAGAUUUCUUGUUGACUUUGUGAAUACUGAGUGGGAGGCACAGGGAUGGAGUCUGGCAUGGAGGAGAUCCCAGUUAAAGUUGCAGUUCGAGUCAGACCUCUCCUGUACAAAGAAGUACUUCAUAACCACCAAAUGUGUGUGAGAAUAGUCCCAGAUACACAACAAAUUAUCAUUGGGAAGGACCGUGUCUUCACAUUUGAUUUUGUAUUUGGCAAAAACUCAACCCAAGAAGAAAUUUACACUGUUUGCAUUAAGCCUCUUCUAGUGUCUUUGACUGAGGGAUACAAUGCUACAGUGUUUGCAUAUGGACAGACUGGUUCUGGGAAGACAUACACCAUCGGAGGUGGCCACAUAGCAGCAGUUGCAGAUCAUGAAAAGGGGAUAAUCCCACGGACUAUUCAAGAAUUAUUUCAGCUUAUUUCUGGAAACCAUAAUAUUGACUUCCACGUGAAAGUAUCUUAUAUAGAGGUUUACAAGGAAGAACUUCGAGAUUUAUUGGAGUUGGAAACCUCUGUGAGAGAGUUGCAUAUCCGAGAAGAUGAAAAAGGAAAUACAGUGAUUGUUGGUGCUAAAGAAUUCCAAGUAGAAAGCGCAGAUGAAGUGAUAAGCCUGUUGGAAAGUGGCAACGCAGCUCGUCACACAGGCACAACACAAAUGAAUGAGCGCUCUAGUCGAUCUCAUGCCAUUUUUACCAUCAAUAUUUGUCAGAAACAGUCUGCAGAGUCUCAGAAGAAUACUGAUGCUGCACAGGAUUCAUCUUGGAAAUCGGUCCAGAUGAUUGCUUCAAAGUUUCAUUUUGUGGAUUUGGCAGGAUCAGAGAGGGUUACAAAGACUGGAAAUACUGGUGAACGCUUGAAAGAAUCGAUUCAGAUCAAUAGUGGUUUGUUGGCCUUGGGAAAUGUCAUUAGUGCCCUUGGAGACCCAAAAAGAAAAAGUAUACAUAUUCCAUACCGGGAUGCUAAAAUCACUCGAAUUCUGAAAGACUCUCUUGGAGGAAAUGCCAAGACUGUCAUGAUAACAUGUAUAAGUCCGUCCUUGUCAGACUUUGAUGAAUCUUUAAAUUCUCUCAAAUAUGCCAACAGAGCCAAAAACAUUAGAAAUAAACCAGUUGUAAAUUAUAACCCCAAUCAAGACCGGAUUGACGAAAUGGAACUUGAAAUCAAACUGCUUCGAGAGGCUUUGCAGAACCAGCAAGGCAAUAAUCAGUGUUCACAUGACUUAAGUCAAGAGAGAACGCGUAUCAGUUCACUUGAGGAGCAGCUCACCUGGUUUCAGGUUCAAUGUUUCAGUUACAGAAAUUGUGUAGAUGAAGCCUUCUCCUUUCUGGUUGAUUUGAAUGGUGAUGUUAGCUUAAAAGGAAGUCAUCAGGACAGGUUGCAGAGCUGGAUCACUAUGGUACAGGAAGUCAGGAAGGAAGCUCUCUCCAUGCAGGAGACUGAUAUAGGGACUGGGACCAGCCAAGAGCCACAUCACAUCACAAUUCUUCAGCUAAAGCGGGAACUAAAGAAAUGCCAGCAAGCUCUAGUUAUGGACGAAGAAGUAUUUAGCCAGAAGGAUCACGAACUGCAGAUACUGCAGAAUCAGAUAAAGACACUACUACAGGAAAAUGCACAACAGCUGGAAUCUUUAAAGGAGGCUCAAGAAACACAUAGAUUACAGAACGAGAAAAUGGUGGAACAGCAAAUGCAUAUUGAUCAGCUAAAAUUGAAACUAGAGAAGUUUAAAGAUGGGAAAACUUUGGACUUCUCAACUGCUUGUAGAGAUGGGCCAGCAGUUACAACACCUGCAAGGAGGCCGUACAGUGCCCCACUCACAAAGAGUUGGCUACACUCCUUUCACCAUCCUUCAGGGACAGAGACCCGAAAGGUAUAUACCAGCCCCCCUACCUUCUCCCUGGACCGGGUAAUGGCAGAAUUCCGUGCUCGCAGCCACAUGAUACUAAGCAAUAUAGAAGAUCAGGAUAAAGUCCUUCACUGCCACCUCUCUGAUCAGAGUGAUGAAGAAGAAGAAAAUACAAACUGCAAAAGGAAUACCUCGUUUAAGCAUUCUAUAAACCAAACAUGGACACAAAAACAGGUUUCUCUGUGCUUUCUUCGUGAUCUAAGUGACAUGAAGUGUCAAAAGGAGAAGUCUGGUUUAACCAACAAGUCUGUGCUACAGAUGGACACAACUGCAGGUGAAGAGAUUGACAGACUCCAGAAAAGUCAUGUGUUUAACAUGCAGAAGUUAAAAAAUUCAGAGCUGAGACUCACUGAGGCUAAGCAAAAAAUGAGAGAUCUUGCACUUAAUAUCAAAAUGAAAGAGGAACUUAUUAAGGCAUUAAUCAGAACAGGUAAGGAGGCUCAGCCUAUAAGCAGGCAAUAUUCUUUGAAGAUAACUAAACUGGAACAAGAAUCUGAGCAGGCCAGAAUGGAACUGGCUGAAACACAAAAGCAACUUCAGGAGCUGGAAAGUAAGGAGAUGAAGAACAUUCUUGAGAAAGCCAAGUUACAAAAAGAGUUUCAGAAGAAGAUGGAUGCAGCGAAGUUGAAAGUGCAGGCCUUACAGAAGCAGCAGCAAGACACAAAGAACCUGGCUUCAUUAUCUAACCAAAGUGAGAGACAAGCAACAGAACUUGAGCAGAACGUGGCUCAGAUGAAGCAUCAGCAGACCCAGCUACAGAAGCAACUGUUUGAGGAGAGUGAAAAAAAGAAGCAACUAGAAGCAGAGAUUCAGCAGGACCAGCAGAAAUUUAAUGAGCUUCAAUUAAAGAUGGAGCAAAAACCGAAGAGCCUGAAAUUUAAGGAUAAAGAGAUUCCUGCAUUUAAAAAGAAGAAAAAAAACUCAGUGGGAACUUCACAGAAGCUACAGAAAUUAGAAGAGAAAAAGAGAUGGUUGGAUGAAGAAAUGGAAAGAAUUCUCCAACAGCACCAGCAGUUAGCAGAACUAGAAGAAGAUUUAAAGAAAAGAGAAGUCAUUAUAGCGAAAAAAGAAGCAUUAUUGCAAGAGAAAAGCCAAUUGGAAAUCAAGAAACUGAGAUCUAGCCAGGCUCUAAACAAAGAUAGUAUGGAACUAUCUACUCGCUUAUGUGUGCUGGAUGGGGAACUGUGUGAUAAACGUAUGCAACUUCAAAGCAGCACCACUGAAGAUAAGACAGACAUUCUGGAAAAAAUUCAGGUUCUCCAGACAGAAAGGGAUCAGCUGCUCAGAAGAAGAAACAGCAUGGAUGAGAAAUUGAAAGAUGGCAAAGUGUUGGCAACGGAAGAAGAACAUAUCCUUUUCCAGCUAGAAGAAGCAAUUGAAGCCCUGGAGGCUGCUAUUGAUUACAAGAAUGAAAGUAUUCAAAAUUGCCAGCACUUGCUUAGGUCAUCUUCUCAGAUUCUUUCACAGAGUGAGAACAAUGUAGUAGGAAAACUCGUUUCCCUGUCUACAGCUGAGCUCAGAGCUAUCCUCUUCAAAUAUUUCAACAAGAUUGUUGGCCUACGUGAGUCUGAACGAAAGUUAAAACUGCAGAUUAAAGAACAGGAAAUGAAGGCCACAGACCAGGAAAACAACAUACGUGAAUUAGAAUCUGCACUUGAACACAUCAAGUUGCAGUGUGACAGGCAGAUGACCCUACAACAGAAAGAACAUGAGAAAAAACUACAGCUAAUGCUGCAUCAUUUCCAAGAACAAGAAAGUGAAGGUAUUACAGAAACCUUGAAAGCAUAUGAAGGUAAAAUCCAACAACUGGAAAAAGACUUAUUUUUCUACAAGAAAACCAGCAGGGAGCUGAAGAGGAAACUGAAGGGCCUCUUUGGAGAGUCAGCCCAUCAAUUACUGGCAUCCACUAAAUAUAACAGUGCUGGAGAUAAGGCAUCCAGUCAAGAUGAAGCAGAAGUUGCUUCUGAAGAAAUCAAGUCAACACUCAACCCUGAAACCAAUAGUCAAACAGGGAAAAGAAAAGAAAUGGAUAGAACAAGUAUUUUAAGAGCACAGCAGAAUUCAUACCAGCUUGGAGAAGACAUUUCAGAAUUUGGAUGCAACAAAGAAUGUUCAUCAAGCACUAAUGAUGAUAAAACAGGAACAGAUGAUGCUCAGCCUUCAAAAUCUUAUCCUCAACUACCUUCGGUCAUCCAGAGAAGAGAAUCCGGAAUACAGUUUCAAGGAGUAACUCCAGUAAAAAUGUCUCGCAGAGAGCUACGCCAUAUUCCUCCAUCUGAAUUAUCUUGGAGACGCUCAAGCCUUGGAGUUGGCAUUGGUUUUACUGCUCUAGAUUCCUUAGAUAUGGACAAGAAAUCUACUGUCUCUAAGACAUAGUUACUUUUCGUUGCAUUUUUAAUCACUGUUGCUACUGAAGCAACUGUAUUACAUUUCAUCGACUUGUUACAUGUCAACCACAGAGAAAUGAGUAAUUGUUCUUUAGUCCUUAAGGCUCAAGCUGUUAGGUGUCAUGCUGUCAAAGUUUCAGUGAAUCUCAGAUGGAUUUUAAUUAACACGGUAUGUAAGAACUUUCCCUUCAAGGCCUUUUAGCAUUGAAGAAAUUAUUUAUAUUGGUUUCAGUUUUUUGCAGUGACUUCAAAAAACAUGUUGUUCAAAACUUGCAGUGAGAAGUACACUGCACUUGUUUAACUUAAGUUUCCUAAAACAAUACUGUACUUCACUUCAGAAACAAUAGCACGCUAUUUAUUUGGAUAUAUACCUAGAAAGCUGAGUUGCCCGGCUGUCACCUAGCAUUGAUACUGACUGGCUCUUGUGUGCUUUUUAUCUAGAAACAUUUUGCAUGAGCCAUGUUUGAGACAAAAAACAGUGCUCAAACCUAAAUUUGUUCCUGAAAAGGCACACAAAAGUACUUGUUUUGCUUUUUUCUUCUUUACAGCAUAUUUGUGUAAUUAAGAUAACUUCUUAUUUCACUUUCUGCUUUUGUUUACUGGGGAUCUAAAGAGCUGCACUUGGCAACUCAAAGUAUACUAUUUAUUUCUGUACUACUAAAAUGGGAAAAAAACUCCAACAAAACAGAGGACCAAAUAAAUUCAGCAUCCUCUAGGUAAACCAGUUGGGCCAGUGUAGUAUUUUCUUUGUACUAACUUUGACAGACAAAUUAGUCUUCUGGAUUCCAUGUCUGCUUCAGAGCAAGGACUACACACACCCUUUGGUUUACUGCUAUUUUAUUGUCGGUGAUGCAUUCAGGACUAAAAGCAAGUCUCUUUUGGGAGACGACACUGGUCAUUGAGCAGCACACAGUGGCUGCACAAACUUGGGGACAGAGCCCAGAAUGCCUACAAUUUAAAUGAGAUUAACACUCUCCUACAUAACAAGGGGCACUGCUGAAAAUCAAGUUAGUUUUAUUUUAGUGAUGGACUUCACUACUGAUGUUUGAAAAUGUUGUUUUAGAGUAGUGGAUGUACGUAGGAACUUGUGCUUUCUGCUGUUGUCUAGGCAAGGUCUCAUGCACAGCAUGUGUGGCUGUAGGUACAAGGAACGGCAUUUUUCCACGCUGUGAGCGCAGUUCAAACCUGACCACGUUAUGAAGAUGUUAAGAGAGCACAACAAGUGGACCUGUUGUCUUGGGGCACAUUUUUAAAAUUUUCUGAGCAGACUGCAAAGUAUUUCCUUCUAAUGAGACAGACAAACCACUUGUCAAAUGAUUACAUCUUUUGCAGUUAUACGUAAUUAUUAUUUUUCAGAUGAAUUGUGUGAUAAGGA